GUCAUCUUCUCUUCCAAUUCUUCAUCUCUCGAAUCCCCCCCUUGUGACUCUUCAGCUCGCCCCACCCGAGUGGAUACACGCCAUCGUACGCUCCGUCCAGUCCGUCAAAUCCCCGCGCUUGCUCGUCUGCCUGUCGGUCCACUCCCACGCUCGACGCGUCCCCCACCCAUCAAGUCGGCCACAGAUCACACACUUCCAUCAUGGCCCCAGGAAACAAGCCUGCCACCCUCGAAGAACUUUCUGAACGAAUCAUCUACUCUGACCGUUGUGAGCGCUCCGCAUGCCCACACGUUGCCUUCAUCGUAAAGCUCACUUACGCCCGCUAGACUCGGACGACCGUUUCGAGUACCGCCAUGUCAUUCUCCCCAAACAAAUGCUCAAACUCAUCCCCAAACGCUACUUUUCAAAUGAUGAUACUGGAUUAUUGAGGAUUCUGGAAGAAGACGAAUGGCGUGGUAUCGGGAUCACGCAGUCUUUGGGGUGGGAACACUUUGAAGUGCAUGCACCUGAACCUCAUAUCUUGCUUUUCAGGAGACCACUUCCCGGGGGUGCAAAGCGAUAGUUCUUUGGUGGGGGUCUAGAGAAGGUUGGAUAGUUUGGUUUAUUUUUCAUGAUGAAGUGAUUCAUAUGCCCUAUAUGGAGU